CGGAAGCAGCGCGGUGUGCCGUAGCAAUGGCCAACUUGGUCCGGGACCCGGCCAUUGAUCGCUCACUGCGCUCCGUAUUCGUGGGAAAUAUUCCAUAUGAAGCUACAGAAGAACAAUUGAAGGAUAUUUUCUCUGAAGUUGGUCCAGUGUUGAGUUUCAGACUUGUGUAUGACAGAGAAACUGGGAAACCCAAAGGUUAUGGCUUCUGCGAGUACCAGGAUCAGGAGACUGCACUCAGUGCCAUGCGCAAUCUCAAUGGGAGGGAAUUUAAUGGAAGAGCACUGCGUGUGGACAAUGCUGCUAGUGAAAAGAAUAAGGAAGAGCUCAAGAAUCUUGGUACAGCAGGCCCUGUCAUGGAGUCUCCUUAUGGUGAUCCAGUCUCUCCAGAAGAUGCUCCAGAGUCCAUCAGUCGUGCUGUAGCCAGCCUUCCACCUGAGCAAAUGUUCGAACUCAUGAAGCAAAUGAAGCUGUGCAUUCAGAACAGUCCUCAGGAAGCUCGUAACAUGCUUCUUCAGAAUCCUCAGUUAGCAUACGCGCUUUUGCAAGCACAGGUCGUCAUGAGAAUUGUCGAUCCUGAAAUUGCCAUGAAAAUGUUACAUCGACCAGCUAAUGUGACGCCACUGAUUUCAUCUGGCCAACCUACAGCAGGACCAAAUGCAGUCACAGUUCAAGCUGCUCCUCCAGUCUCCCAGCCACAGCCAAUGAGUGGGAUGCAUGUGAAUGGGGCUCCUUCCAUGAUGCAGCAACCUAUGCAGCCUGCAACGUCUGUUCCUGGGCCAGGACCAGUACAGGGUCCAGGGGGGCCAUUACCUGGGCCUGGACCAGGGCCUGGUCCUGGACCUGGACCUGGACCUGGACCGGGACCAGUUGGGCCUGGAGGAAACAUGCAGCCGCAGAUGGGUCUUCCGCAGUCAGGACCUGUGCCAAUGGAUAGAGGACAAGGAAGUAUGCACUCACCUGUGGCCUCUGCAGGGACUGCACAGAUCGAGAGAGGACAAGUCCCAAUGCAGGACCCCAGAGGCAACAUGCAGCGGGGUCCACCAGUAGGUGGGGCUCCGGCUCCAAGAGGUUUAUUAGGAGAUGCACCAAAUGAUCCUCGUGGAGGAACUCUGCUUUCUGUCACUGGGGAGGUGGAACCAAGAGGAUAUAUUGGUCCCCCGCAUCAGGGCCCACCCAUGCACCAUGUGCCUAGUCAUGAUGGCAGAGGACCUCCUGACAUGAGAAAUGCCCAUGAACCACGAGGAAUGCAACAUGACAUGAGAGCAGGGCCAAUGGGAGAACAGAGAGGACCCAUUGGUGAACAGAGGGGCCCAAUGGGUGAGCCACGUGGGCCAAUGGGUGAGCCACGUGGGCCAAUGGGUGAGCCACGUGGGCCAAUGGGUGAGCCAAGAGGUCCUAUGGGAGAUCCAAGAGGAAUGAUGGGAGAUCCAAGGGGUCCAAUGAUGGAUCAGAGGGGCCCUCCUCAUGAAUCUAGAGGUUCAUUUGAUCCCCGCAGUAUUUCAACUCAUGAUCCUCGAUCUGGACCUCAGCAUGAUCCUCGCUCCCAACCUCCUCCUGCUCAGCAAGACCCUCGUGGAGGGUCUUACCCGAACGCACAUCAACCAAAUGCACCCAUGGGCACUAGAGAUCCCAGAGGUAUUGAUUCAAGAGGUAUUGACACAAGAGGACCAGGGCCUGGACCAGGGCCGGGACCAGGGCCAAAUCAGGGCCCAGUCGCAAAUCCAAGAGGGCCAAUGGCAGGAGGUUUACAGGUUCCAGGUCCUGGCACUCAUCAAAUAGGGAACAGUGGCCCUCAGGGAUCCCAACAACCUGGUCCACCUCGACAGGGUCCUACUCAUGCAGUGGCUGGGGGUCAACCUGGAGGAUUCAGUCCUGCUCAGACUCAAGUGACACCACAGGAUCAUGAGAAGGCUGCACUGAUUAUGCAGGUACUCCAAUUGACUCCAGAACAGAUUGCCAUGCUACCUCCGGAGCAGAGACAGAGUAUCCUUAUCCUGAAGGAACAGAUUCAGAAAUCUGCAGGAGCCCCUUGAGAAUGCAUUUUAUGGGUUGCCUGCGUCUGGAGAAGUCUCAGUUUUCCUGGUUACCCAUUACAGUGGCAAGUUAUCACCAGGGAGUCCUUAGUCGUCAUCUUUAUUUGCUUCAACGUACUGAAGGAGAAAA